GAUUUAACCAUCAGCGUCGUAACUUUGAUGCUCGGCAUAAAUACAUAUUUGCUUGCGUGUUUACAUCUACUAUUAUGCACUUCGCCUUACAUGUCCAGUCACUUUUUCGCUUGAUUACCCAACAUGCACUCCUCUGAAAUCUUUGCUUCCAUUGGCGCAAUCGCUGUUGCCGCUCUCGCUAUUAAAGCGGCUUCCGCCAUCGUGGUCCAUCUCCUCCCCUCAAACCUCCAGCGAUAUGCCCAUGUUUCAGCCGAUGGCCGCCCUCCGUGGGCGCUGGUGACGGGCGCGUCAGAUGGAAUUGGUCGCGCUCUUGCCGACGAGCUCUCGCUACAGGGCUUCAAUGUGGUCCUUCACGGUCGCAAUCAAGCGAAACUUGACGUAGCCAAGUCUGAGCUGCAAAAGAGACAUCCAGGAAGAGCAUUUCGGACUCUUAUUGCGGACGCUAGCACUGUACAAUGCGUGAAUUGCCUCCAGGCAGGAGAAACUCCGUCACAGCACUCGCUAAGUUUCGAUGCUAUCAAAGACGCGCUUCAAGAUUUGCAUCUCACAGUCCUAAUCAACAACGCGGGCGGCGGCCCCACGAAUCCCGUCUACCUCUCGUUGGACGACAGUUCCGAAUCCCGUAUCACUGGUAAUGUCAGUGUCAAUGUAUUGUUUCCUCUGCAUCUGAUUCGCGUCCUACUCCCACAUCUAGCUCAAAGCUCACCUGCGUUGAUAAUGAACAUCAGCUCUAUGGCUGACGCAGGCUUCCCGUUGCUUGCUUCCUAUAGUGCGAGCAAACAGUUUCUAAUGACUUUAACGCGUGUGAUAAACCUAGAAAUUGCAUUACUGGGACGAGCAGACAUCGAAUGCCUCGGCAUCCGUGUUGGUAAUGUUACAAGUGUAUCACACAACAAAGAGGCUCCAUCGUUUUUCACGCCAUCGGCUGAUAUUAUGGCUCGAGCCGCGCUGGAUCGAGCUGGCCACGGGCACGUGGUUGUAACUGGAUACUGGGCACAUGCACUGCAGCAGGCUGGUUUAACGCUUAUGCCUUCGUUCAUGGCGAACAAGGUCAUGAUUAAUGCUGUCCGCGUGAGGAAAGAGGCUGAGCUCAAGUCAAGCUAAGGCAUAGCUAGGGAAAUAAAGUCAAGAAGAAAAUGCAUGCAAACAGGGACUAAUAGAGAUAAUGAAACAUGUUAGUCAAAAUAGCAUUUGAUUUCUCUUGGACAAUAUAAUUUGUCUCUCAA